AUUCAAGGGUACCUUACCUGAGGUACAAUGUACGAACUACGUCAGGAAAUGGAUUCGGGUUGCUUCCAUCCAUUCCUUCCAUUUGCAUUCUGAGUGGAACUGGCAAGGUAAAGGGAGCUCUGGCAGGCUGGUCCCAUCUACUACCCAAUUCUCCUUUCGAUCGAGUUCUCAAGAGCAGGGCAGUAUCUCUCCAAUAUAGAAGGAACGCAAAUCGAGAUCGACCUACGAAGUAUUGUCACAUUGCUGGCAACCUGCAGCUUCUCGAGUCACCAUUGUUCCAACACUAGCAACCUUCAGAACGAAGAACUCGAGAGCGCGAAGCCGACAUGUCGUGGCAAUCCAUUGCUCGCGCGCAAUUCUGACUGAUGUACCACUUUGAACGAGACUGGUUUUCGUGGUUCCAAUGGUAGCGACUGAUUCUUGAACCACGACGUUCACAAUGGAUGUAAUGGACUCGACGGCCGUCGGGGCAAUGGCAUCAGUUGCUGCUGCUGCCGGCGAUGGGUCGUCUAAUCCGCUCUCCUCGGCUGUGGCUGUAGCUAGCGAUGUUGCGAACGCCCAUGGAUCCUCUUCAUGGCUUGGAUUAUUUGCAAGGCUCGUCCUCUGGAUUCUCCAGCUGGUAUCGACAAUACUCUAUUACACCAUCAAGCUGGCCACUAUCUCGAUACCCACCCUCCUCUACACCCUCUUCUCAACCAGCCUCACCGUGACCAUGAAUGCCACUACUCUGAUGCUCAUCGUGGCCGCGAUGAUGACGGCUAUUAGCCUGGUGGUCAGAUACCGCUACCUCAAUAUGUAUUCCCGCCUACCCCCCGAACCUCAACGCAAGGAACCCGACGUCGAUCUCUUCCCAGACACACACGAGGAGGGGGUCAAGGCUGGACUAGCGAGCUACUUUGACGAGUUCCUGAGCGCCAUCAAGAUCUUCGGAUACUUGGAGCGGCCCGUAUUCCACGAGCUAACCCGCAGCAUGCAGACCAGGAAGCUUAUUGCUGGCGAAACUUUUAACCUUGAGGAGGAGAAGGGCUUCUGCCUGGUAGUCGACGGCCUAGUCCAGAUCUUCGUAAGACCGUCCAGCGACAGCCGCCGGUUUGGUCACAGUGCUCAAGUCGGGCCCACCAGCGAGCCCCCGUCGAGCGACGACGAGCAGUCCGCCCCUGGGCAUCAGCGGUACCAGCUGCUGACGGAGGUGCGGAAUGGCGCUCCCAUGUCCUCGCUCUUUUCCAUCAUGUCCCUCUUCACCGAAGACGUGCCGAUGCGUCAGACGGACGACGACAGCCCAGGACCCGGAACAGCUGCCCUCAACGCUUUGGUUCAUGGCUAUCCUACUAGCGCUGAUUUUCGCAAAACACAAAGAGUGCCAACGUCCCUUCCGGGGACUCCGCAGAUGGAUGGUCCAGCCGAGAACUCGGCCGAAACGCCGCCUGAGCACCUCACCCUUCCCGGCUCGGGCCGCGCCCUGCCCCGUAUACCGCCAAUUUCUCUUGAUGGUAAUGGCAGCAGUAGGCUCCACGGGUUUGCCCCUCAGCGAAGCAGCAUCAAUUCGGCUCACCCAGACAUCAUCGCGAGAGCAACGGUAGAUACCACCAUCGCUAUCAUUCCAGCCAGUGCUUUUCGGCGCUUGAUAAGAAUAUACCCCAAGGCCACCGCACACAUUGUCCACGUUAUCCUAUCAAGAUUCCAGAGAGUUACUCUUGCGACGGCGUACAAUUAUCUUGGCCUGACCUGCGAGGUUUUGCAAACGGAGCGCCAGAUGCUCAAAUACACGACGCAGCAACUCCCUAACCACCUCCGUGGUGAUGCGUUAGAUAGACUCAAGGAAAAGUUCAAGCGGGAAAGGGAAAGAAUUGGAGAAGAGGAUCUUAGCAAGGGGAUAGCUCUCCACAACGCCCGCGCCGGCCGUCGUCGUCGCUCGAGCACGACGCUCCGGAAAGAGGCUGCCCUGCAGGCCUUCUCGAAGCAGCGCCAGCAGUCAAUGAUUGUGACACCCCUGGAAGUUGCUGGCCCUGGCGACCUUCUAGCGGACCUCCAUCAGGCAAGGGGCGGCAGCAACCGGCCACUCAGCGCCAAUCUCUCCGACGACCAAGCUCCGCACCUAGGCCUCCAAAGGGACGCCGUGUCUCCGUUGACUCAACGCCCCUUCAGCCCCUUCAAAACGCAGAGGAACGCCCAUAGCUCUCGGGACAAGAGGGAGACUCUCGACGAAGACAAUAUAUUUCGGGAGUCUACUUUGGAAUGCAUAUUCAAGGCCAUUGGCUUGACCAGCAACGGGGCAAACCGAGAACCAGACUCGACACAGGCUUCUCCACGGCUCGUAUCCUUUGAUCAGAGGCGCCAGAAAGCUGUCUUUACUAACCAUGCGUUUGGGUUCAUGGAUGGGCUUGAAGCAUCUCCCGACGGCGAUUCGGAGUCCAUGACUUCUGCGGGGCUAUCUGCGUCGCCAGUCCCGAACGCCCACGCGCUCGCGCAAGAGAUGAGAGAUGAGAUGGAGAUAGUCUUCUUUCCCAAAGGCUCCGUAUUGGUUGAACAAGGCGAGAGAAACCCCGGCCUUUAUUAUGUCAUUGACGGCUUUCUGGACGUGUGCACCCAGGAAGAGGCUACUUCAUCUGAUGUGGUUCAGGCCUCCGGCAGGACGUCGUUACAUGCCAUGGAGAGUAAUGAGUCGCUUCGCUCGCCUCGUCGGGUGGCUGCAUCCAUGCGCAAGGGAAAUAACGUCGAAGAUAUCAAAAAGAAGCCUGAAGCAUACCGGCGAAGCGUGGCCUUGAUCAAGCCUGGCGGGCUCGCUGGUUACGUGGGAACCAUUUCGUCGUACAGAUCUUUCAUUGACGUCGUGGCAAAGACCGACGUUUAUGUCGGUUUUCUUCCUCGGCUUUCAAUCGAGCGGAUCGUCGACAGAUAUCCCAUCGUGCUCUUGACCAUGGCAAAGAGACUCACAAACCUGCUACCCCGUCUGAUUCUUCAUAUCGAUUUUGCCUUGGAAUGGCUUCAGGUCAAUGCCGGUCAAGUGAUCUUCCACGAGGGAGACGAAAGCGAGGCCAUAUAUAUCGUUUUGAACGGCCGUACCCGAUUGGUGGAGGACCGGAAAGACGGCGGGAUGAAUGUCAAGGCCGAGUUUGGCCAGGGAGAGAGUAUCGGAGAAUUAGAGGUACUGACAGAAUCUUCUCGGUCCGGCACCCUACAUGCUAUACGGGACACGGAGCUGGUCAAGUUUCCCCGGACUCUCUUCAACAGCUUGGCCCAGGAACACCCCAACAUUACAAUCAAGAUUUCUAAAAUCAUUGCAUCCCGCAUGAGAGCCCUUGUCGAUGAUCAUUCGACUGCGCUGGGGCUGAAAGACUCUACUGGGAGGAGUUCGAUCAACAAAAGCUUCACAACUCUCAACCUUAGGACCGUUGCCGUCUUGCCAGUUUCGGCCGGUGUACCUGUAGUCGAGUUUGGCAAUAGGCUUUUGAAUGCUCUGACGGAGGUCGGCGCUCCGAACGGUGCGACCUCGUUGAAUAGUACCGCCGUUUUGAAUCACCUCGGCAAACACGCGUUCAACAAGAUGGGAAAGCUCAAGCUAUCGCAGUACCUGGCAGAUUUGGAGGAGAAGUACGGGCUUGUUAUUUACGUGGCUGACACGAACGUCAAUGCUCCGUGGACACAGACUUGUAUCACGCAAGCCGACUGCGUUCUGCUAGUCGGCCUGGCUGACGGUUCCCCCGAGAUCGGAGAAUACGAACGCUUUAUGCUCGGGGUGAAGUCAACCGCGAGAAAGAUCCUCGUUCUGCUCCACCAGGAACGGUACUCCAUGCCCGGUCUGACCAGAAAAUGGUUGAAGAAUCGAGUCUGGAUCAAUGGCGGCCAUUUCCACGUCCAAAUGACAUACAGUCCCAACGCCGUGCCCAUCCACCCACCCGUAAAACCAAGCGGGCCAACUCUUAAGGAGCGGGUACAGGUUCUCCAGGCAGAAAUUCAGAAGUACACUUCUAGGAAGGUACACCACAGCACGUUCUAUUCUCCGGAUGCCCCCUUCAAAGGCGACUUUCACCGCCUGGCGCGGCGGCUCUGCGGGAAAUCGGUUGGUUUGGUCCUUGGUGGAGGAGGAGCCAGGGGCAUCGCGCACGUUGGCAUCAUCCGGGCGAUGCAAGAGGAAGGCAUCCCAAUCGACAUGGUGGGAGGAACUUCGAUUGGGGCCUUCAUUGGCGCGCUCUAUGCUCGGCACGCCGACGUGGUGCCCAUCGUGAACGCAGCCAAGAAGUUCGCGGGCCGCAUGGCCAGCAUGUGGCGCUUCGCGCUGGACCUGACGUAUCCAUCGGCUUCAUAUACGACGGGCCACGAGUUCAACCGCGGAAUCUUCAAGGCAUUCGGCAACACGCAGAUUGAGGACUUUUGGCUGGAUUACUACUGCAACACAACCAACAUCAGCAAAAGCCGCGCCGAGUUCCACACCAGCGGCUAUGCGUGGCGCUACGUUAGGGCAAGCAUGUCCCUGGCGGGCCUGCUGCCGCCGCUCUGCGACGAAGGCAGCAUGCUGCUUGACGGCGGCUACAUUGAUAACCUGACCGUGUCGCACAUGAAGUCGCUGGGGUGCGACGUCAUCUUUGCCAUCGACGUGGGCUCGCUCGACGACAAUACGCCGCAGCAGUUUGGCGACUCGCUCUCGGGCUUUUGGGCGUUUAUGAACCGAUGGAACCCCUUCUCCUCGGUGCCGAACCCGCCCACGCUCGCCGAGAUCCAGGCAAGGCUGGCGUAUGUGAGCAGCGUGGAUGCGCUGGAGAGGGCCAAGGCUAUGCCCGGCUGUAUCUAUAUGCGUCCGCCGAUUGACGAGUAUGGGACGCUGGACUUUGGUAAGUUUAUGGAGAUUUACGGGGUCGGGUAUAAGUAUGGCCAGGAGUUUCUGAAGAAAUUGAAGGAGCAGGGAGUGCUGCCCCUGGGCGAAGAGGAUGGGGAUACGGAGGGAAAGAAGGCUUUAAGGCGGACGAUGGCGCCCCGGCGGGCGAGUAUUUGA